AUGAUGUCAAGAUUGGUCUUUCUCCUUUUCUGUGGAUAUAUUGCACUAAACCUGGGAAAUGCUCAGAAAUUGCCAAGAGUGAAAAGGCAGAGUCUGAAAGUUCAGAUCAAUGCAACAGAUGACACCGUUUGCAUGAGGUAUCUUCGACCAAGUCAAAACACCAAACUAGAAGGUUUUGUCCUGGGUUAUGGAAGCAACUUCUUUUCUAAUCAGUACAUUCCAUUACCUUCAGAAGGAAAAACCUACAUAACAGAACUUGAUGCAGAGCCGCGGUAUUUGGUUUCAGUAAGACCAGCACGUGUUUCAAAUAACAAGAAAUCUUGUUCAGGUCGGACCAAGACUCAAAAGCCUCUGCAGCUGGUAGUUGGCACUCUCACCCCAACCUCUGUGUUCCUCUCUUGGGGCAUCCUAGUCAACCCUCAACAUGACUGGACAGCAACAAGUAACUGUGCUAGCGACAGGUUCUAUACAGUUCGCUACAGAGAAAAGGAUAAAGACAAGAAAUGGGUUUUUCAGCUUUGCCCAGUUACAGAGACAGUGGUGGACAAUCUGAAGCCAAACACACUUUAUGAAUUUGGAGUUAAAGACAAUGUAGAGGAUAGUAUUUGGAGCAAGACUUUCAAUCAUAAGACAGUUCUGUCUAGUAAAAAAGUAAAUGGACAACUCCAGAAUAUGUACAAGUUGGUACCUAAUUCCCAAACACAGCUUACACUGCGUGAUAAUAAGAAGUUGGUCCCUGUCACAAUAAUCAAACAAGUUAUUCAAAAUCGGACGCAGUCAAAAACUUCAGAUAGUUCUUCUCUGCCAGGAGCAAUAUUAGUGCACCUUAUUGUUCCAGGUCUCAAUGAAACUCAGCAGAAACUUCCUCCUCUCCUGACAAUAGAUGACGUACCUCAAGCAUCCAGGAAAAAACUGGCUAAGAAUGAAACUCGAGUAUGGCCUGCUGAAUCCAAAACACCAGAAGUUCAAGAAAUAUCCCCACAGUCCCUCCCAGCUCAGGCUGAGAAAAAACAUGGACCUGAGGAAUUUAAAUCAACGCCUAAACCCGAAUUGGUGCAAACUCAAAACAUUCUGGCUUCUAAUGAAAUACAGCCACUUCCUUCUGGAUCCAGAAUCUCUGAUGCUCCAAAAAGUCCAUUGACAGAACUUGCUACUCAGAGUCCAGCCUUGAAAUACAUAUCUCUACCUUCUGCAGAAACCAGAGAGAUGGAGAUGGCUUUUGAGGCAACACAGCCUGUUUCUUCAGGAUCCAAAACCUCUGGUACCACAGAAGCACAACCAACCAGAUCUGCUUCACAUGACUUCCUUCAUGUUACUUCUACUUCCCAAACUUUUACAGCUUCAGAAAUACCAGACACUGCUACAGAUACUACUGAGUUGGAAAUAUCCAUGCCCAUAAUUACUACAGAACCUCAGUUGUUAGAAAUGGCACUGAGUAAAAUUGAUAAGAUGACUUCAUUUAGUCCUUUUUCAAGCCCACAGUGUAGGAAAGAUGCACACCAGAGACCGGACCUGGAGUCCACCUCGUCUGCUUCACCGGAAACCACAAGGACUGUGACGGCUACUCGGAGACCAAGGCUGAAAUCCACCACUUCUUCCUCCCUGGCAACCCAGCAAACCGUGAUGGAUUUUCUUUCAGCUUUUGAUGAAAAGCAGCACAUUUCUUCAAGAUCUGAAACAUCUGGCAUUCAAGAAAUGCCAUCAGCUGUACCUGCUCUCCCAAGACCAGUCCUGGAGCCCACAUCUUUACCUUCUCUGGAAACCACGAGGACAGUGAUGGUUACUCAGAGACCAAAGCUGAAAUCUACUUCCUCUUACCUUGCAAGGCAAGGAACAAUGGAGGCAAGCCAGAGACCGGACCUGGAGUCCACCUCGUCUGCUUCACCGGAAACCACAAGGACUGUGACGGCUACUCGGAGACCAAGGCUGAAAUCCACCACUUCUUCCUCCCUGGCAACCCAGCAAACCGUGAUGGCUUUCAGUGGUAUUCAGCCUGUUCUUUCAAGCCCUGUGAUACCUAGUAAGCCUGAAAUAGCAGAUGCUGGACCAGCAAAAAAUGAAUCCAUUCUGGAAUCUUUCACACCUAAAACUUCUCGUCCUUUUCAAUGGCCAAGGGUAACAUUAGCUCCAAAAGAAAUACCACUUAUUCCUUCUAAACUGAAACCAUCUGCUACCCCAGAAGUACAACAUGUGAAACCUGCCCCUAAACCACCACUUUUGGAGCCUAAAACUUCUCAGACUGUUGAACAACCAAAAGCAACACUAGCUCCUAAAGAAGCAAAACUCACGCCUUCUGCAUCUAAACCUAGACCAUCUGCCAGACCCAAAAAGCCACGAACUAAACCUGUCUUGGAACCUAUUACAUUUAGAAUUGAACCACCAAGGUCAACGAUAGCUCCAAAGGAGACUCAACGUAUUACUUCUAAACCUAAAACUUCACCCAAACCUCAUAUCCCACAAGCCAAAGAUGUCCUGGAAUCUAUAACACUUAGAACUGAUCAACUAAAACCAACAAUAGUUCCAAAAGAAACACAGCGUGUUCCCUCCAAACCUAGAACAGCACCAAGCUCAGAGGUGCCACAAACCAAACCUGUUCUGGAACCAAUUACGUUUAGAACUGAGAAACCAAAGUCAACAGUAGCUCCUAAAGAUACACGUCAUGGGCCUUCCAAACCUAAAACAUCACCCAGUCCACGUGUUCCUCCAACUAGAGCAAGCCCAAAAGAAAGUCGGCGAAUCUCUUCCAAGCCCAGAGCAUCACCGAGUCCAGAUGUACUACACACAAAACCUGCUCCUAAAGAACCACAACAUACUCCCUUUAAACCUAAAGCAGCUCCCAUCCCAGAUGUUCCACACAGCAAGCCUGAAAUCAUUCCAACCUUCCAUGAACCAGAUACUACUAUGAUUCCUCAUAUUCCUGAAAGAACAAAGGCAACAUUGGCUCCAACUGAAAAACAGUUCAUUCAUACCAAACCAAAAACAUCUGAGAAACCAAGAAUGCCACACACCAAACCUGCAAUACAUCAGACAACUCCACAACCUAUUAUUACAAAAUAUUCUACUACCACUGAGCAUUCAAGGGCAACAAUGGCUCCAAAAGAAACACUGCUCAUUCCUUCCAAACCCAAAACAUCUGUCGGGCCAGAAGUACCACAGACUAAACCUGCUCCAAGGGCAACACACCUGGGAUCAAUUAACCUUAUAACAGUUCAUGUUGUUGAUGGGUCCAAAAUGACUUUGGUUCCCAAUGAAACGUACCAGAUUUCACCCAAGCCCAAAACUGCUCUAGCAACUGAAAUUCCACGGUUCAAUACAGCACCUCAUAAAACACGUCUCACUUCUGCAAGACCAAAGCCAUCUGAUAAAUCACAGACCAGACCUGCUCUUAGUAAAACCACACUGGCACCAGCUAGAACAAAUGCACCUGGACUGCCGAAGUGGAUUGUGCCAACAACAGAUUAUGUAUAUACACCUGAGGAUAUUGCCAGACAAAUUGGAGUGGAUGUGGAAAAACCUUUGGAAUAUAGUGAUACCUGGGAAAAGCCAAUUUCUGUAACUACAUCACCUGGCCCUCAGCAUCCUCCUAUACCUCCUGUCAAGCCUACACAAAUACAAAGAAGACCUCUGCCUCCAAACACCGUGACUGGUAAACCAGGCAGUCCAGCUAAACCCGCUGGACCAACAACACCUGUGAGGACAGGAACGUCAUAUAAGAUGCCAACAGCUUUUGCAACUCCAGAGUAUUAUGUUGAUGCAACUGUCUUCAGCUCAAGUCCUACAUCAGAAACAGAUUCUUCAGGCAAACCAAGGUACCAAGCCCCCCAUGUCAAGUACAUGAAGAAAGAUGAUGAUGUGCCUUGCUCUAUCACAAGCUCUCUUGAACAUUUUCCUCAAGAAGAAGCUGGCAGCAGGGAAGAACCUACUCGUCCUCCACAAAAUCCUCCAACUAACCUCACAGUGGUGACUGUUGAGGGCUGUCCAACUUUCGUCAUAUUGGACUGGGAAAAACCAGACAAUGACACUGUUACCGAGUAUGAGGUGGUGUCAACUGAAAAUGGAGCAAGUGAUGGUGAAAAGGAGAAAUCGAUUAUCACUACAAAUCAAACCCAUUCUACUGUGGAAAACCUAAAACCUGACACAAGUUAUGAAUUCCACGUGAAACCUAGAAACCCUCUUGGUGAAGGUCCAAGUAGCAAUGUUGUGGCAUUCAGUACUGAAUCAGCGGACCCAAGAGUGAGUGAGCCAAUUUCAAUGGGAAAGGAUGCUAUCUGGACUGAAAUCCCAUUCAAUUCGGACACCUAUUCAGAAUGCAAAGGGAAACAAUACGUAAAGAGGACUUGGUAUAAGAAGUUCGUAGGUGUGCAGCUGUGUAAUUCUUUGAGAUACAAGAUAUACCUCAGUGAUUCACUUACAGGAAAAUUUUAUAACAUAGGAGACCAGAGGGGCCAUGGAGAAGAUCACUGCCAAUUUGUAGACUCAUUCUUAGAUGGAAGGACAGGACAGCAGGAAGAUCUACCAGUCAAAGAUGGAUUUUUCCGGGCAGUUCGUCAGGAACCUGUCAAAUUUGGAAAAAUAGGCGGGGAGACUCACAUUAACUAUGUUGGCUGGUACGAGUGCGGAACAUCAAUACCUGGGAAAUGGUAGAUGCGACAUGAACUUGGUGCAAAGGCCCAGCACUUACCACCCCCGCCCGACUGCCCAACGCAGGCUCAAAGAUGGAAAUGUUUAUGGUAUGCCUGGCACUUAAGUAAGUUUGCUGAUGUGCAAGGGUUUAUACAAGUCUAAUGCCAAUACUGCAUUAAUUGUGUAAUAGCGUAGGCUGCUUACUGUAGUUAUCCAGUUUUACCAAUUUGUUUUUAGAUUUAAAAAAUCCCAAACAGGCUAGGGACGUGUUGUAGGAUAAUGUAUAGGGAAGCUGGCUCCCUAUUCUUGAGGUAUGGUUUAUAUGGUUUUAAAAGAUACGGUGUGUGUAUAUUAUUUAUCACAAUGUUGUAAUAAAUGUUGAAGGCACAGUUAUGGCAGAGUUGGUCAUGGAAGGCAACAUGCGUUAGUUUUUAAAUAUUCACUGGUCUUCUUAUAACGUAAGUGCCAUAAGCUACCUGUCCAGACAGAUCUGUAAUGUCUCCCCAGUCAUAAAUUAUAGAAAAGACCCUACAAUUUUUAAUAUCCUGCAACCAGUAAACUUGAAGUGCUUUCUCCUUACAUGUACAAACAGUUUAUACUCCUGCCAGAACGCUGAGAUAGGUUGCUAUACGUGCAGCUUUAAAUGAUCAGGUUAGUGGUUUUUUUCCGUGUUUGUUUUCAAAUGCUUCAGCUCCAGCAAAACAGCAUGUUCAGCCUGUUGCUACGGCGUCAGAGCCACUGCCCAUGAGCUUGGCAGUGGCUGGCUGCUGGGUUUGGUUUCCUCCAAUUAAAGCAAACAGGUACACAUGUACAUGGAAUAAAAAAAUGAAACUGGCUCCACUGCUGUGGCUUUUCAUGAAAAUGUAGUUUUCAGAGACUGACUUACUGCUUCAAAAGCCAAAUGUACGUACAGUGCAGGGGGACUUGGAAAGAUAAAGGAAACAGGGAAAAAAUAAGCUACUUAGAACAGCGCAAUCAGGUUUAUUUAACAAAAAAAAAAAAAUGGUUUAAAACAUUGUUCAUUGGGGACAAAGGGGAAAUAGUGAUAACUGAACUUUAAAACUGCUUUACAGUAAUUUUGAUUAAAACCUCUCCCAAAGCUACUUGUUGUACUGCUUGAACAUUUACGAACUAAAUAAAGAGAUGUAGUUUUUUUUAAA